AACGAUAAUCAUGGGUUUUAUUAAAUACUUGUACCUAUUCGCGUGUAUAAGUUAUUCUGCAAUCGCUUAUCCAACUUCACAAAUGUUGGAUAUCGAAAAGGACGAACUUGCGGCUUUGUUGCAGCGAGAAAACUCAGCUUUCCGUGACAUCUUAUACCACAAAAACGCAGGAAGUUUCGAAAAGAGCGAUAGCGGGAAAUUCGACUCUCUAAAGCUGCAGAAUAAUUUCCCUCAUCUCGAUCUUGGUUUGGGGGUUGAUUUGGACGCAGUGGAUCAAUGGAACAGAUACAAGCAAGCCAACGCACAGCGGAUGCAAAACCUCGGGGUCCCAGUGAACGCUCGCCAGCAUUGGAGCUACGAGUUUAUGCCGGGCGGACGCAGAGCUGUUUGGGAAAACGCAAACGUCGGUGUUCCAGUUUCAAGACAACACUGGAGUUAUGAAUACAUGCCGGGUGGUAGAAGAUCGGCUGGUCAACACGCUAUGACUAAACGUCAGCAUUGGAGCAAAGGCUAUUCUCCCGGUGGUAAGCGAAGUGUGGAUCUGUCCGAGUUCGAUGAUCAAGGCCGCAGAAUUACAAAACAUGAAGGAAUGCCGGAAGAGCCGUUCAAAGUUGAACAACCAAGACCAAGAAAUGGAAUCCAUGGGCCGGCCGGUUUAGACCAAAACGAACCGGAUUGGAAAAACUGGAUGAACGAACAACCAGCAGCCAGCAGCGACGACAAAGGAUCUGACGUAGAAUAAUUCCCGCCGAGUUUGUCACGUGAUCACUAGCGGUAUUCUGUUUGUUUUAAAAAUUUGUGCACGUAAAAAAAGUUUUACCUGUACCAUUUAGCCGGAUAUACCAGAUCAAAACUUAAACUAAUGUUAAAUGGCGAUAAAGUAAAUCCUAAAACUGUUCAACAACUUAACUAAAAAAUGUUAAAGGGCGCUCUCCAUUAUAUAAGAUAAAGUAGACCAGAGGCCUUACAAAAACAGACUCAAACAGUUUUUCUCUGUUUUUGGAAUGUUUUUAUGCGGGUUCAAUUCAAAUGCAUGUCUUGUGUGCACGCUUUAUGCGAAAAUAAAUAUUUCAAUUAUGAAAUACAA